GCGCGCCGUCACGAUGGGGGCGCGAGCAUGCGCAGAGAAUUCGGCGCGCGAAAGUGCUAACAGGAAGUGAGGGUAGCAAAGGGAAACGGCGGCUAGUUUGGGAUUUGAAUCAAACUAUUUCCACAAUCUGCAAACAUCUCCAUUAAUAUGGCAGACACAAAGGAGCAGGAGGAUCAUGAAACCUCUACAGAUAAUGUUGAUGACACUAACCACGACCCCCACUUUGAGCCCAUCGUGUCUCUUCCUGAGCAAGACGUGAAAACGUUAGAAGAGGACGAGGAGGAGCUUUUCAAAAUGCGGGCUAAGCUAUAUCGCUUUGCCUCUGAGAACGAUCCUCCGGAGUGGAAGGAGAGAGGAACCGGUGAUGUAAAGCUCCUGAAACACAAAGAGAAAGGCACAAUCCGCCUUUUAAUGAGGAGAGACCGGACUUUAAAGAUCUGUGCUAACCAUCACAUUAUACCCAUGAUGGAGUUGAAGCCCAAUGCUGGCAGUGACCGGGCAUGGGUGUGGAACACACUAGCAGAUUACGCAGAUGAAUGCCCCAAACCAGAACUUCUGGCCAUUCGCUUUUUAAACGCAGAAAACGCACAGAAGUUUAAGGUGAAGUUUGAUGAAUGCAAGGAAGAAGUCCGGAAAAAUCUGGAGAAAUCAGGCGACACCGACAACGCAAACAAGGUGGCAGAGAAGCUGGAGGAACUCUCUGUAAAAGACAAGAAAUCCGGGGACUCGAAGGAAGGUGACAAAAAGGAGACUGAUAAGAAAAAAGAGGAGGCCGUUAAGAACUGAAAUCCAAGAACUCGCUUUGCUGAUCUUCAACUUAUCAGUUUUCCUCUUUUUCUACAAUAAACUGUAAACGAACUAAAUUUGGA